AAAAUCAUGGCAUCGCUGAGUAAUAUUUGUUUCCCCUUUCCUUCUAGUGUGCGUGCGUAGUAUCGGCAUCGCAACUGGGUGCGAUCCCCUUUCUGAGUUGCCCACCGGAGUUUCGCCGGCGCCGCCGCGCGCACCAUGCUCCGCCUACACAAGUGCAUCGUCGCCCAGCUGCUCCCUCAUGCCUCCGCCAUCUCCCCGCUCCACCGCCUCCUCUCCGCAGCCGCGACGCCUGCCCGCCGCAUUUCUCCAAACCCUAGCUUCGUCGUCGACGACUACCUCGUCUCCGCCUGCGGCUUGACCCGAGCCCAGGCCCUCAAGGCCUCCCCCAAGCUCUCCCACCUCAAGUCCCCCGCCAAGCCCGACGCCGUCCUCGCCUUCCUCGCCGGCCUCGGCCUCUCCGCCGCCGACGUCGCCACCGCCGUCGCCAAGGACCCGCUGUUACUCCGCGCCAAAGUGGAGGGAACCCUGGCCCCCGUCGUCGACGGGCUCACCGGCCUCGGCCUCUCGCGCUCUGAGGUCGCGCGCAUCGCCGUGCUCGUCCCCGGCAAAUUCCGCUGCAGAUCCAUCGUCUCCGCUGUACACUACUACCUGAAUCUCUUCGGGUCCAUGGACAACUUGCUUCGGUUGCUCAAACGCGGCUUCUGGCUACAAGGUUCUGACGUCGAGAGGGUGGUCAAGCCCAACGUCGCGUUCCUCCAGGAGUGCGGGCUACAUGAUUGCGACAUUGCCAAGCUGUGCAUCCGUGUGCCAAUGAUCCUCACAAUCAACCAGCAGCGCCUCCGGGCAAUGGUGGCAUGCGCCAAAGCUCUCUGUGUGCCACAUGGCUCUGGGAUGUUACGAAAAGCGUUGCAGGCUGUCGGAUUCUGUGACGAGGAGAAGAUCACCGCCAAGGUGGAAUACCUGAAGAAGACAUUUAGGUGGUCGGAUACUGAGGUGGGCAUUGCUUUGCCCAAGAAUCCGAUGGUGCUGACCUAUUCCAAGGACAGGCUGCAGCGUGUCUCAGAGUUCCUCAUAUCCGAGGUGGGGUUGGAACCAGGGUACAUUGCUCAUCGGCCGGCGCUUCUCGCUUACAGCCUGGAUGGUCGGCUCAGGCCCCGGUACUAUGUUGUGAAGUUUCUCAAGGAAAACAGAUUGCUACAUGGCGACCGGGACUACUAUUCUGCAGUUGCGGUGACUCCGAAGGUAUUCAUGGAGAAGUUCAUAUGCCCACACAAGGAAGCUGCACCACACCUUGCUGAAGAUUAUGCAGCAGCAUGCAGAGGGGAGGUGCCGGCUAGAUUCAGAUUUACAUGAACCAUGACCGGCAUGAAAAUUGAACAUUGGGACUGGGCUAAACAAAUUAUGUUGACGAAUCACUUUCUUAUCAUAAAAUAUGUCAGUGGUUAGUGUUUUUUUAUAUAGAAGAGGUCUUCUAUUGUAUUCAUCUGAUCAAGAUAUGUCAAAGCCCUUGAUGGGAUGUAAGGGAAACCUGCAACACAUGCGGUGCCUUUCAUAAGCUAAGCUGGGCUGUUGAAGUAAUUAUUCUUUAGCAAAACCACUGCCCAUUGGUGUCGAUGAUGGUGUCUCGUCACUCCAGGAAGACGGAUAAAGAGGUCAAAUUCAAGUUCCAAUUAGGUUGGCGUUGAUGAAUUGUGCAAUGCAUUUUUCUUAUUUAGGGCUAACACAAAAAGGCAUAAUGCCAGGGGCACAAAAUUGUUUCACCUGAAAGUGCAGAUUGUACACUUGGUUUCUAAUGUGUUGAAGGCUUGCGAUGAAACCAUUUAUGUUUCACCUGAUUGCGGCAUUCUUAUUUCUGAAAUUUAUCUGUCCAGCAUUUCAUUAAACUAAGUGUGUGCAGAUCUGGGAAAGAAAAGAUGCUGAGGAAUUCAGGGUGAGAUUUUGGUGGAGGAAUGAUCUUCUCUCUCUAGCUUCCAGAGUGUUAUGGUCCGCGGAUACCAAUUUCAUUGUUUGUGGUUGAUGCACACUCUGGAUAUUCAAUCCUUUUACUAGUGGCUCAUGCCCUGUUUGUUGUUGCAUGGUUUGCAAUGCAAUCACCGGUGGAGUUACAUCUAUAGUAACUAUCUGAAGUCAUCAUGAUUAAUUAUUUAAUUAGUGAAGUUGUGCUUAGAGAACGUUCUCUUUUAUGUCGCCAGCAUUCAUAUGCAUGGGUUGGUCUUCCAGCCAGGUGGACGUCCUCCAUGGUUUGGUUGGCUUCUGAUGGGAAAAUGAAGAAUACUACUCCCUCUGUAAACAGAGGAUGGCGACUGAGCUGAGCGCCAUGGUGGGACGUGUCCUCGAUGUUUACGCGGAUGACGACAGAUGCCACAAUGAGACCACCGCGGCCAUGAGGAUGACCAGGAGAGAACACAGCAGGAGUGCCAGCGGAGGGGGCUUGUUCUUGGAGGAGAGAACACAGCAGGAGUGCCACCUGAACUGAACAUGUUGCUUGUAACACUGGUGAUUUAGGGAAAAGGGGAAGGAGGAAAGGUAGCUGAAGAAGAUCAGGUUGUCACAAACCAUUGCCGCGGUGAUGGCUGGACGUGAGCAGAGGAUACAAUGGUUGCUUGUGGAGAGUAACCGGCUAUGGAAGGAGACGGGAGUGGGGAGAAGGAGCAACGGUUCAUUUCUUCGAUGCCCUGUCGUGCUCCCCUCCUGUGUUCUUUUAUACUUCCUGCUCCAAUACUUACAACAGCUCAUAGCGCAAGUGCGGUCCAGGAGGUAGAUAGGGUGUUAAACAGGUGCGUGGUAGAAGGAGAAGAGGAGGGUUGAACGGGGAAGGCCAGCUAUGUCUAUGCGGACAACAGAAUGAUUGGAUUGUUGGACAUGACUUGGAAGAGAAAGGACAUAGUACUUUCAUUGGGACAUGCAGGAUUGGAGUAAUAGUCUGUUAUUAAUGCAAUGCAAAACAAUACUAUUGAGGUGGAGAGAAUGUACUAGCAGCUCUUGAAGAUGUAUUAGUUGCUCUCAUUCUACUCACAAUUGUACAUUGAAUUAUAGCGUUCUCCACUGGUGCCAAUUUUCUCAUUUAUAGCUA